CCCUUAUUUCACAGUCCUAGACUGUCACAUAGACACAUAUUCUCUCUCACUAAAAUAACCCCAUAAAAAUAUAAUAAUACAAAAUCCAAUUUCCAUAAGGAUUUCAGUUGGUGUUUAAUAAAUAAUGAUUAUAAGUUUAUAACCCAACCCCCAGAAUCACUCACCCUCUCUCACCCAACCACUAUCUCCUCCUUUUUUUUCCUCUCAAUUUCUUUCAUUUGAGCAGUUCUUUCCAUGGCUCUGAUGGUUGAUAAUUGUGAAGGGGUAUUACUAUCACUAGAACCCCACAAAGCAGUGCCAGCACCGUUCCUCACAAAAACCUACCAACUAGUCGACGAUCCCACCACCGACCACAUAGUUUCAUGGGGUGAAGAUGACACUAGUUUCGUAGUUUGGAGACCUCCUGAGUUUGCUCGUGACUUGCUUCCAAAUUACUUCAAGCACAACAAUUUCUCUAGCUUUGUUAGACAGCUCAACACUUAUGGUUUUAGGAAGAUUGUACCAGAGAGAUGGGAAUUCGCCAAUGAGUUCUUCAAGAAAGGAGGAAAGCACUUGCUUUGUGAGAUCCAUAGAAGGAAAACUACGCAGCCAUCCAUAAACCAUCAUUAUCACCCUCACAUCCCACAUUCUGCUUUAAAUGCCCCUAGUUUCUUUCCAUUUCCAACUCAAGUCAGCAUCUCCCCAACUGACAUGGAUGACUCACCACCACUUUCUUCCCCUAGAGGAGCCACCGGAGGAUAUGGUAGCUCGGUCACAGCUUUAUCAGAGGAUAAUGAGAGGCUAAGAAGAAGCAACAGUUUGCUGAUGUCUGAACUAACACAUAUGAGAAAGCUUUACAGUGAUAUUAUCUAUUUCGUUCAAAACCAUGUUAAGUCUAUCACUCCUAGCAAUUCUUACUCUCCUUCUUGGCUUCAUUCUGGUCCUCCUCCUGCUGUUAAUACCAAUACUUCAUUAUUGCAAAAGCCAUUGAACCAGCUUCUUGGGUAUUAUCCAAAAAGCCCAAACCCCCAAUUUCAGGGUUUGAACUCUCCAACGGCCACAUCUCAGAGCUCCUUAACCAUUGUGGAAGAACCAAGCAGCAAUAGUUGCAAAACAAGGCUCUUUGGUGUACCAUUACACUCAAAAAAGAGAUUGCAUCCUGAGUACAGUACUGCAGCAAACAUGGAGACUAGCAAAGCACGUUUGAUCUUGGAAAAAGAUGAUUUAAGUUGCAUAUAUAGAUACUUGCAUUAAUGGAGGAGAGAGUGAGAAACAUAGAGUGAAAAGGAAAGCUGAGGAAGUCUCUGGCAAUGGCUGUGUCAUCGACAAUUUCUCUAGGGCUUUCUUUCAUGACUCCUUUAAUGUAUGAUACGUACAAACAUGCUUUGGCAUACCAUACGAAACGAUUUACUGAAAAAGAACAGCAGAUAUCACAUUCGGUUCUCGGUUUUCAAUAAUAUAGUUAUCGGUGUAAUUAUGACUAUUAUUGUCAAAGAAAAAAGAAGGUUAUCAUAUCGUUUAAUGAAGAUUAAAAUCUCCAUUAUCAUUUCUUGUUCCUAUCAA